UCAUAGACUCAUUUUUAAAAAAUGCAACUUAGCUGUGCGAUGCGCAGCAGAAUUUUGUAUGCAACAGAAUUUUGCGCAUUUACCUGUGUUGACGCGGUUAAUGACAGCAUUCGAGAAGAAUAAUGGUGAGUACAUUUUUAUUGAUUGCAAUUUUUCUGCACUAUAUCGCGUUGUCAUUAAUAAAAAUCAAACAGCGCUUGUAUUUGGCAACGAGGUAAACGGUGUCACAGCUGAUAACGUCGUCUGCUGCUGCUACAAGCUCUGUUUCAUUCACUCGAGCGCGCGCGCGCGCAUACACACAUUUGUAACGCAGAAGUGGUCUCGAAGGAUUUGCUAACCCCAGGGCUUUGAUACAAGAUAUCAUGCGUAUCAUGUAUGUUCGAAGAGCACAAGAAAUACGUUGGUUUUUCAAUGCUUGUAAAGAUAAAAAUUCCAUACUGUUGACACUGAAAAUUUACCUGAAGUGUUUAAUCGCCUGGGACGGAGUUUUUCAGGACCACCAGAAGAAUAAUUUAAAAAUAAGAAAGUGUAAAAUAGGGUAUUCAAAUAUUUUGUAUUCAAUAAAUUUUUUCAGAACAUAAUCACUCUGACGAUUCAUCUUGUUCUUGUUCUACAACCAUUUUUCCCUUAUCUACAUCAUCUUCGAACACCAAUACUUCUGUAGAAUCGCAGGCUUACGAGGCUGAUGAAAGUGAUUUUUCUAUUCAAGUUGGUAGAGGACAAAGAAGAAGAGUGGAAAAUUCAAGCAGCAAUAAUGAUGAUUUGUCUGACUACGAACAAGAGUAUAAUCAGCCCAGUGAGGAGCAUUAGGAGGCGGAGGAGGAGAUCAGCGAGGAGGAUGAGGAGAGAAGCGAAACAGACGAUAAUAUGAAUUAUCAAGGAGUCGAUGAGAAAGGAGAUGAGGAUAUCCAGCCUCCUGAUGUUUCGACGAAAUAUGAUUUUGAUGUGUAUAGGGUUAUUAUUGUUAUUAACACUUUUAAAUAUUUUUAACAUCUGGGCCACUCAGUAUAACACAAGAUCAGACAAAAAAAUCAGAUCAUAUACAAAUAAAAAUAAUUUAAAAAAAAAAGAACAACAUUUAAAAUCACAUGGUUUAAAGAAUCAACCGUUACAUGCGCAAAUAAUACAAGAAGAAAUAAAGAAAAGUAUAUACACACUACCAUUGAGGUAUUUUGAACGAAAUUUGCAGUAUAAAUAUGUACUCGAGAAUAUUAUCAAUGAAUUAAACAUAGACCAAAAUUUGAAUAGUAGUAUUAUUGACAAACUAAGUAAUUGGCCGAAUAGCCGUCAACUAGUUCCAUCACCGACACCAGAAUUAGGAACAGUAAUAGAAUUUUUACGAAGUAUCAAAAUCACACAUGUUGAUAAUGCUAAGCUAGGAACACAAUUAAAGUUGAUGAUAACAUUUGAAAAUGGUUUAAAAGCUUUAUUCAAACCACAAUGGUAUAAAAGAACAACCAAGAUAAGUGGCUUAGUAUACUAUGGAAAAGAUAGACAUAAUGCUGAAGUUGUAGCAUUUUAUCUUGCUCUAUUACUUUCAUUUCGAAGGAUACCUUUGGCUUUGAUAAGAAAAUUAAAAUUGAAUGAAGAAAUAAAAAAAAAUGCGAGUCCUGAAUUAUUAGCGACUAUUUUUACCAAGUACAACGAUACUUGUAUUUACGGCGUCUGUCAUUACUGUUCUUCUGCUGAACCUAUAUGUGGGAUUGAUAAUAUUUUAGAAGGAAGCGUUAUUUUAUGGCUACCAUCUAGUUGGAGAUUAAUAAAGUAUAAACAUCCUUGGCAAAGAACUUAUUCCGAAUCUCGCCUCGCUCGUUGGGAAGUUGAUAUGAACUAUUGUGGCAAGGUACAGCGAUCAAAAAUAUAUUCUUUAGACUAUUCAAUCAGAUUAUUGGAUUUAAUCGAUGUAGCAAUAUUUGAUUUUUUAAUGGAUAAUGGUGAUCGACAUCAUUAUGAAAUUUUAAAAAAUAAUGAUAAAAACUCUGCAAUUUUAUUGAUUGAUAAUGGAAAGAGUCUUGGAAACCCUGACUUAGAUCACAUUGACAUACUUGCUCCACUGUAUCAAUGUUGUCUAAUACGCAAAGCAACAUGGAAACGAUUGCAGCUAUUUAGUGGAGGCUCACUUGGCUAUGCUUUGAAUGAAUUAUUAGCUCAUGAAUCAUCCAAGGCAAAUGUUUUGCCAUUAAUAACAAAUGAACAUUUGAAUGCCAUAGAACGAAGAUUGUUGACUGUUUUUGGAGUUGUCGAAUUCUGUAUUCAUAAAAAUCAAUAUCCUGCUAAUGUGAUUAUUGAUUAAUUUGACAUAAUGCAUGGUGUAUAUAAUUGUAAUUUUAAUAAAAAUUUAAUUAUGCACUAAGUGCAUUACACCAGAA